GAGAAAGUUCUAGGUGUCAAUAGCUUUAAUUUAUACAUGAUAAUCGCGGGGGUAAUUUUCCAUAUUUAUCGGUAUAAGAGAUGCAGCUUCUGCCCGAACGUGGCUCAGUUGAUCCGUAUUCUUCAAACCGGCAUCAUGGUGUCGUUAAGAUACAUUUUGCUUUUCUUGUGCAUAAGCCUUUCAACCGUCGUCAUGGCAAAAGUACCGAGCAUUAAAUUAUCCUCCGGCUAUGAGAUGCCAGUGGUUGGACUCGGAACUUGGCAGUUGGCCCCGAACGACGCGGACAAAGCCAUAACAGCUGCGUUGGAGAGCGGCUACAGACACAUCGAUACAGCUUUUAUUUAUGCCAACGAAGAGGCCAUCGGCAAGAGCUUGAAGAAAUGGUUCGAUAAAGGGGGUAAACGAGAAGACUUGUUUAUCACUACUAAGUUGUCUCCGAUUUCGAAUCGAGCUUCGGACGUGGAAAAAUACAUGAAACUAUCGUUGGAAAGAUUGAAUUUGCAAUACGUCGACAUGUUCUUGAUUCACGUGCCCAUGUCGUUCGUGAAAGACCCGAACAAGGAGGCACCCGCUAUGAACGAAGACGGCAGCAUCGUACUGGAUAAGACCAACGACCUCGUGGCUACGUGGAAGGAAAUGGAGAAGCAAGUGAAAGCCGGUCGUACUCGUUCCAUUGGCUUAAGCAACUUCAACGAGUCCCAAAUUCAGAGGAUCGUCGACAGUGCCGAAAUACAGCCGAGUAACUUGCAAGUCGAGUUGCACGCGUACAUGCAGCAAAAGCCACUGCGCGAGCUCUGCAAGAAGCACAACAUCGCCGUGACGGCCUACAGUACUCUGGGCUCGCCUGGGGCCAGCCCCGACAAGAAGACCGACGCGAGCAAGGCCCUGCCGCAGCUGCUGAAAAAUCCGCAGGUCGUGAAGAUCGCCGAGGCCCACAAGAAGACGCCGGCUCAGAUUUUGCUGCGCCACGCCGUCCAGAGCGGGGUCAUCGUCAUACCCAAGAGCACGAACGCGGCGAGGAUCAAGGCCAACAUCGACCUGUUCGACUUCGAGCUCAGCGACCAGGAGAUGAAGACGAUGGAGGGCCUGGACCGAGGAGAGUCCGGUAGAAUAUUCAAUUUUUUGGUCUUCAAAGGAGUUGAAAAUCAUCCAGAGUACCCUUACACCAGUCAAAUACCCAAGAAAUCAUCAUGAAAUUGUAUCAAUGAAAAUCAUUUUAAAUUUAUUCAUAAAAUUAAUCAAACUGUAAGCGAUGCGAAUUCUGUACACAAUUAUAAAGGCUGUACAAAAUAAAUAGACCUUUAUUUUCAAA